GCUGGUCAUGCUCGCAUCUUCCUCCAGAAAUGCGCUCUCGGUCGCUCAAAAACGCUCCCCUGCUUCGGGGUCACAGUUGAAUAGCCGUUUGUUACGCGCCCUGACAGAUUCUGGCAUUCACCACCGACGGUGCGCAUCGACGUACACACUCUGGAAUACCGAUGAGGACUACACACAAGGCAGUUCAUACCCUCGCUCUAGUAGUAGUCUGCGUAGCCAGCCCUGGUCAUUCAAACAAGACUCCCUCUCUAGGUCUCAAGUGUCCUCAUACAAUCUAAGACUCGGACGAUGUGUGGAUCUAGGGCAGUCUAUGCAGGCCCUCGGAAUCGCCAUGGAGAUGAAGACUCAUGGCGUAAAGCCUGACCUCCUCACCUACAAUCUCUUGCUUCAAUUGUUUGCCAACUUUCGCGCGCCCCGAGAGUGUUUGGCGCUUUUGGAUGACAUGAAGGCCCUGGACAUAGAGCCGAACCUUCAAUCCUACAAUUCUGUUAUCCAGUCAUUGCAUCACGAGCACACAGAGCAGAUGUGGGACGUUUACAAGAAGAUGGAGGCUUCCGGGAUUGAGCCCGAUGCGACAACAUAUAUGCUAUUGAUUCGGAGGUAUACGUCUGUCUCGAACCUGGAGAUGGCCUUGCGACUUCUGGUGGAGAUGGAGGGUCGUGAACUAUUUCCGAAGCUUGAGACUGCGGAGGAAGUGAUCACACUCGCUGCGGCCCGGGGUCAGCCUCGCCUGGCUAUAGAUUUGGCAGAGAAUUUUGAGGCAUCUUCCAUACGCAGGCUCGGUACUCAAGUUUGGAUUCAGUGUCUCCUUGCAUCUUCAGAAAGCCUUUACGUGAACGGCGUUCUUCGUCUCUGGCCCAAGGUCGUCAAUGACCUGAAGGUCGCGCCCGAUGAAGGCGUCUGCCUCGAAGUUCUUCAUACUGCUGGUCGACAUGGGCUGCCCGAACUCGCCACAGACGCGCUUCAUCAUCUCCAAGCUAUCGAUGCGCAGCUACAGGAGUUCCACUUUGCCCCUGUUAUUGAGGCUCUUUGUCGAACACAUCGAAUCAAGGACGCAAUGAAGUUCCUCGCAGCUAUGCGCUCACAAGGCGUGCCUCCGACAUUGCAAACCUCGAAUUCCAUAUUCCUUGCCAUCAAAGACGAUUCUGACGCUAUCGACCGCGCAUGGGACGCGUUGGACGAGCUGCAUAAGGAAGGUGAUGUCGUUGAUGUCACUGCCAUAAACGUUAUCCUGCAGGCUUCCGUUGCGCAAGGCGAUUUGCAGCGUGCUUUUGGCACGUACAAAAUUUUCCCAGAGUUCAAAGUGAAACCCGACGUCGACACCUUCAAUUCUUUACUCUCGGGAUGCGUCGCGGCGCGACAUCGGGAACUCGGCGAUCAAAUCAUGGCUGACAUGAAGGCGGCCGAAAUCAAACCAGACGUGCUCACAUAUGAGCGUCUCAUUGUUCUCUGCCUGACGGGUCAGACGUACGAGGACGCGUUCUUCUACUUGGAGGAAAUGAAAGCGGAGAAAUUCUACCCGCCGAUCGCUCUAUACGAAGCCAUCAUUCGUCGUUGUGUCUCGGAAGGCGACUCCCGGUACAGACUGGCCCUUGAAGAGAUGGAAGAGUUUGGGUACGAGGUAUCGCCACGAUUGCAGUACUUGAUCGACACUGGGGGAUCAGGCAUAUGGAAGAGGAGGGGCGAGGAAGACCAGGAACUCGACGAUCCUGAAACAUCACAAACAUAGGCUGCCGACUCGUAACUUAGUUUAUUGCCCUCCAUUUUUUUUAUUGUGGUCAAAAUGCACGUUGAGCACGCUCAAUCUAUCAGUGCUCGCGUGACC